AUGGCCAGAGAAAAGACUACCCGCAAGAGUGCUACCACCAAGAAACUCUCGCCUUAUAACAAAUACGUAAAAAGCGAACUUCCCAAAGUCAAAGCUGAUAAUCCAGACUUGGAUCAUAAAACAGCAUUCAAGUUGGUGGCAGAGCGUUGGAAGAACUCUCCCGAAAAUCCAAAGAACAACCAAGAAAAGAAAUUCAAGGCUUUUUCUCUUAUUCCACCACAUGAGUUGGAUUUAACAAUAGCACGCAAAGUUAUGCCACUGAGCUUUAUCUAUGUCCUCAUGUUGGCAUUCAACAACCUGUGCUUGCAAUAUGUGGAAGUGACAUUUUACCAGGUUGCUCGCUCUCUCACAAUUGUUUUCAACAUCAUCUUCACUUACACUCUUCUCGGUGCCAAAACUUCAGUUUCUGCAUUAUGCGCAUGUGCGAUUGUAUUUGCUGGUUUCGUCAUUGGCUCGUAUGGUGAACUCAAUUUUACUUGGGAAGGCGUUAUCUACGGCGUAGCUUCCAGUGCAUUUGUUGCGUUGUAUGGAAUUUAUGUCAAAAAGACUCUUGUCGUUGUCGGUAAUAAUCAAUGGCGACUUCUUCACUAUAACACUACUCUAUCAAUCGCCUUCCUCUUCCCUCUUGUUGUUCUGGCCGGCGAACUUCAGGAUAUGUUUGCGAAUGUCUACUUCUUUGAUGAACCUUUAUUCUGGGCAUUGAUGGUUCUCACAGGCAUAACUGGAUUUGUGAUCAAUAUUGCUAUAUUCCUUCAAAUUAAAUACACAACUCCUUUGACCAACAACAUUUCGGGCACCGCCAAGAGCUGUGUCCAGACCGCGCUUGCUGCAUGGUACUUUGCUAAUCCAAUCAGCGUAUUGAACGGAAUCGGUAUCAUCCUUGCGCUCUUUGGUUCGGGAAUGUAUUCGUGGGUGAGAUACAAGGAGAUGGUAAAGAAGUAG